UGAAAAUCUUAUCUUAUCUCACAAUGCUCAGUACGUGAUACCCUCUGUAUCGAGGGUAUCCGAGCAUGAGCUUUGUACCACAACGAGGCUGCGUCACUUUCGGUCGUUGCACUUCGCGAAAAUGUUGCUGCACAUCGCUACCGUUGCUGUACUCGUUAAUAUCGCCAUUAUAGAGCUGGAUUCCUUUUACUCCCUUCCGCCGAAGAAGAAUUCGGACAUAGAUUUCUUAUCAGACGAGAGUCCGCUGCACCGCGUAUUCGUGUACGGCACGUUGAAACGAGGCGAGCCGAAUCACGGCCUCAUGAAGGACACCGCUCAUGGCUACGCCAAGUUCCUAGGCCUCGGCAAAACAACGAUCCAGUAUCCUUUGGUGAUCGCCACGAAGUACAACAUUCCGUUCCUGCUGAAAAAACCCAAUACUGGCAAUUACGUGUUCGGAGAGAUAUACGAUGUAGAUUCCAACAUGUUGAAGAGAUUGGACGAGUUGGAGGAGCACCCGAAAUUGUACGAGCGAACGGAAGAAACAGUUUUACUGGCGUCGAAGGCUGCGCUUAAGCUUGGAAAAACUUUUGAGGAGGUCAACGAGUCGACGAAAGCCUGGAUAUACUUUCUGCCCAAAUUCAAGUCCUCUUUACUAGACGGUGCCAUGUACGAAUCUUACUCUAACAACGGAAGUCAUGGGCUGAAGUAUUGCGAGAAGUACGUUCGCGAUCCGUCCUACGAUCACAGAAAAGAGGUGCUAUAAAUCAUUGCCGGCAACUUUUGUCUCUUUUUGCAGCUACGAGGAGGCGGCGAGCCUCGAUGACGUUCUUUGAAUGUUCAAUUGGAUGCGCAGACAUGACAAGCGCACUCUCAUAAUAGAUACCGUUAAUCCUUGUAAAUUCGGGGAAAGUAACGGUAGACAACAAUGAGUAACUUAUAAGGCUGUUUUGUAUAAUCCUACACACAGUGGCAUAAAGUUUUAAAGCUAUGUCUUUAAGAGGAAGCAACUCCAUCU